ACGAUAUCAAGCGUGUCCUCGCGUAUGCAACGGAACAGAAGCUUGCGGUUUCGAUCAGGACUGGUGGCCAUCAAUACAGCGGCGCCUCCUCCACCGGGGGAAGAAAUAUCUUGCUGGAUGUUUCUGAAACAUUCAAGAAUGAGUUCACGUAUUCAAAAGAUAAAAAUCUCGUUCGCGUAAGCGUCAGCUGGGCACUUGGGGACUUUCUUGAGAAACUAGCCGAUAAUAAUCUGUUUGUGCCGACUGGGCAGUGUAUUUACGUGAUGCUUGGGGGACACGCGCAAUCUGGUGGAUGGGGCAUGCUCGGACGUAGCUUCGGACUCUUUGCAGAUACAGUCAAGGCUCUUGAGAUCAUUACGCAUGACGGUACAGAGCUCGAGGUCACGAAAGAAAGCAACCCAGAUAUGUUCUAUGCCCUCCUAGGCGGUAGCCCGGGCAACUUUGGGGUGUUGACCCAUAUUACAUUCACUCCUUUCCACGACGAACAAUACAAGGGCUCCCGUGGCAUGAAGGCCAUAUACAAUUACAGUCAUGCAAACCUCAAGCGUGUCCUCGACAUCCUAGUCGAGAUGGCGGAAGACGAUGCAUUCAGCCGUAAUUUUGACCUUGGCAUCAAUUGCCUUGAUCUCGGUGCGUCUCUGGGUGGCCACAGUCUUCCUGACAUUCCGGAACUCAAAGUGCCUGAGUUGGACAUCUACAAACCAAUGAUUGUCAUUUACGCUCAGUGGGUUCCUACAUCUCCCAACGACACCUUCGGUACCAAAGAACAGGCAUGGUUCGAUCGCAUCCUCAAAGGCCACUUUGGAAUUCCCAUAUUCGGGCUCAACGAAGUCGUCAAGGCGCCUAUGUCCAAGAUUGUCCAAAUGUGGCUCUUUAAGAAGCAUCGCGAGUUCAAUACGCCUUACGUCAAACGCACGUACCUCACCUCCUCGACUACCCUUUCGAAGACCGGAUGGUCCGACUGGGUCGCGAGCCGUUUCGAUGCCAUCGUCGGCUUCAACAGCAACAGUCUGCAUUUCGUAUCCCAAAUUCAGGUCUUCGGUGGCGCGAAAUCGCAGUUCCGCGUUAAUGCAAAUAAUGGUACGAGUCACAGCUGGCGCGACACAACGGUUUGUGCAACGAUUGACUGUUUCCACGAGGACAAUGAGAUAGCCAGAGAGGCUGCAGAAUCUUGGCAGCACAAGAAUGACGUCGAGGGUAUUGGUGCAAAUGGGAAGUUUAGCAAGGUUGAUAAGCGAGUGCUGUGGGGUAGCUAUGGAGACUGGAAUAUGGAGAAUGUGUGGCAGUGCUAUUAUGAUGACAAGGAGAAGUAUGAGAAGCUCGGAAGAUUGAGAGGUAAGAUGGAUCCAGAUGGGGUGUUCACACCAAAUCCUUUCUCUGUGAAGAGAAUAUUGUGAUUAGGCACCUUUUUACCGCGAGCAUAUCAUUGUAUUCUCUCGAAAGUUUGAAUAAGAUGCGAUAGAGUACCACUACUGUAGCCGCCCUUUGCCCUUUCAACUGCGGAUACUAAAACGAAC